AUGGUGGCCGCACAGAAGAUGAAAAAGUCACUGGAGUCCAUCAACUGGAGGCUCCAGCUCAUUAUGAAAAGCGGGAAAUACGCGCUGGGCUACAAGCAGACGCUGAAGAUGAUCAGGCAAGGCAAAGCGAAACUGGUCAUCCUGGCCAACAACUGCCCAGCCUUGAGGAAAUCAGAAAUCAAGUACUAUGCCAUGUUGGCCAAAACUGGUGUCCAUCACUACAGCGGCCACAAUAUCGAGUUGGGCACAGCAUGCAGCAAGGACUACAGGGUGUGUACACUGGCCAUCACCAAUCCCGGUGAUUCUGAUAUUAUUAGAAGCAGGCCAGAACAGACUGGUGAAAAAUAA